UGGCUGCCGCCGUGGGUUGUUACAGCUGCUGGAAGCAGCGGCGGCCGAGUCCCCGGGCGCCGGUCCUGGGCCCUCGACCUCGGGUCCCACACGGUCAGUCCAGGCGGGCAGCUUCGGGGUAAGCGGACCGGGAGGUUCCUGGCGGACAGAAGCCGGGCGGGGAAGAAGAAGAACAGGAGGGGAGGGGCGCCAGGAUGAACGUGGGCACGGCGCACAGUGAGGUGAACCCCAAUACACGGGUGAUGAACAGCAGAGGCAUCUGGCUCUCCUACGUGCUAGCCAUCGGACUUCUCCAUGUUGUGCUGCUCAGCAUCCCCUUCGUGAGCGUCCCUGUCGUCUGGACCCUCACCAACCUCAUCCAUAACUUGGGCAUGUAUAUCUUCCUGCACACGGUGAAGGGGACACCCUUCGAGACCCCGGACCAGGGCAAGGCAAGGUUGCUGACCCACUGGGAACAAAUGGACUACGGAGUUCAGUUCACAGCCUCUCGGAAGUUCUUGACUAUCACCCCCAUCGUGUUGUACUUCCUCACCAGCUUCUACACCAAGUACGACCACAUUCAUUUCAUCCUCAACACCGUGUCCUUGAUGAGUGUGCUCAUUCCCAAGCUGCCCCAGCUCCACGGAGUCCGGAUUUUUGGAAUCAAUAAGUACUGAGGAUGCAGCCCCUCCCCUGCCUGGGGUGGCAGGGCGAGUAGAAGUCUGUGCUGUGAUGCUGAGAUGGAAGAAGUCUCUGGAUGCUGCCAGAGUUGGGGGUCAAGCCUCUGGGCUCUGGUCUCCCCAUUGUGUCCCCCAGUAGCCAACUUGAAGUAGCUUGUAGUGGGGUUGGGGUGGGUCCCCCUGGGGCUCCCACCUGUUAAUUUUUUGAUCUUUUCCUUUUGAAUAGAGACCCCUUGGGGGGUAGUCACAGAAUGAAUGAGCUGGGCUCCUGGACUAAACCCAGGCCUGUGAGGUUGGGACCAGGCCAGGGGAAGCCCCUACUCGCUUGCUCACCCUCAGGCCAUGAAAGCACUUUAAGCCCCCACGCGUGGGGAGCUGAGGGGACGGUACAGCUUCUCCGUUGUUUCACUUUAGUUCUUAGGUCUUUAGGGUGGCACUCAGUGUGUGCAGAUCUGCCUGCCCUGGUGCCCUGGUGCCUCACCCCUCUGGAGAGAGAACCACUGAUUCAAGUCUCAUGCUUUUGGCAACUCAACUGCAAUCCACUUGGAUGAUGAGGAGGAGGAUGGUGGAGCUGGGUGUGGUGCCAUCUUAGCCCUGGUGGAGGGGCAGGGCGGUGACUAGAGACAUAGAAGAGGAGGGCCCACUUAGCAGCAGCAGCAAUUGAUAGGAGGUGAAAGGGUAGUGGGGACAAAUGAGACCAGCCUCAGCCUUCAGGAAGCAGUCAGGGAGGGGGCAGGCUUGGAGUGUUAAUUACCCACAGAAUGGGGGAUAAGAGGGGAGGCUGGUCUGGGGGUGACUGGGGGGGGGUUGGUAGGAAGGGAGGCUGGUGUGGACUUGACUCUCCUGGCUUGGUUAGAGGGGAUGAUGAGUGGAAGAGGUCUGGACAGAAGUGACAAAUGGUGACCCUUCCAUAGCUGCUCAGCUUGCAGCUUCCUCUUUGCCUCACAACCUUCUCCCGCAGGCUGGCGCUGGGGCAGGGCCUAGGGUUCAAAAUGUACAGGGGGGAGCAUGAAGAUACCCCAACAUGGGGACUGCAAAGACUCACAGCCUCCUCUAAAGGAUUGGGGUCUGCAGGCCCUAGGAGGCACUAUCUCCUCCAGCCUAGGAGAAGAGAGGUGGGUGGGAGCCCCUUGGAGCAGAGCCGUCUUGUCCCCUUCCCCUUCUGACUAGGAUCUUUGUUACUUUGGAAAAGGAGUGAUGCCUGGCCCCAGGGUGGGGUGGGGGAGGAGGGAGGGCACACACUGUGUCCUGCCUCCUGGCUGUCUAGCCCCCACCCCCUGUACCAUAGGGAACUUUCACCUCAAAAUCUUUCUAAGCGAUGUGUGAAUAGGAUUUUUACUCCCUUUGUACAGUAUUCUGAAAAACACAAAUAAAGGACGGUGUGUUCCUGUU